AUUUACCGCCCGAUUUGGGCUGCAUUCCCAAACAACCCGACUCACAGACAGCGCCUCGUGGUUCGACAGGGUCCGGGCACGACGGGGCUCUCACCCUCUUUGGCGCCCCUUUCCAAGGGACUUGGGCCCGAUCCGACGCUGAGGACCCUUCUCCAGACUAUAAUUCGAGUGCCUUGGGCGCUCGAUUCUCAAGCUGGGCAUUUCCUGGUUCGCUCGUCGUUACUAAGGGAAUCCUGCUCGCAACGGCGUCCUCAGCCGACGACUUCAUUUUCGGCCAAACGCAAGGCUCGAGUGAGACCCCGGGAGGACAACAUUCGCUCCCAUCUCCGAGAGGGGAUUGGGCGACGUUGCGUGACACCCAGGAAGACGUGCCCUCAACCGGAUGGCUUCGGGCGCAACUUGCGUUCAAAGUCUCGAUGGUUCACGGGAUUCUGUAAUUCACACCAAGUAUCGCAUUUCGCUACGUUCUUCAUCGAUGUGAGAGCAGAGAUAUCCUUUGUCGAGAGUCAUUAUAAUAAUUACUUGGUGGAUAGUCAUGCCAAAUGCACCGAGACCGGGCACGAGGCAAGACAUCGCUCGAGUAUUCCUUGA